CACACUAUGGAGCACGUCCGAAGCCUGGGGCUACCUGGCUGCCUGGCCCUGGCUGUCCUGCUUAGCACUGUACACAGCCAACAUGUGUUCCUGGCCCCUCAGCAAGCACUGUCGCUACUCCAGCGAGUCCGCAGAGCGAACAGCGGCUUCUUGGAGGAGCUUCGCAAGGGCAACCUGGAGCGGGAGUGCGUGGAGGAGCUGUGCAGCCACGAGGAGGCCUUCGAGGCCCUGGAGUCCACCAGCGCCACGGAUGUGUUCUGGGCCAAGUACACAGUUUGUAAUUCAGUGAGGAGCACCCGAGGGCCUUUCAUGGAAUGUAUGGAAGGACACUGUGCCAAGGAUCUGGGUGUGAACUACCGUGGGACUGUGAAUGUUACCCGCUCUGGAAUCGAAUGCCAGCUGUGGAGGAGCCGCUACCCACACAAGCCUAACAUCAACUCCACCACGCACCCCGGGGCCGACCUGCAGGAGAAUUUCUGCCGCAACCCAGAUGGCAGCACUGAGGGACCCUGGUGCUACACCACAGAUCCCACUGUGCGCAGGGAGGAAUGCAGUGUCCCCGUCUGUGGCCAGGAGGGCCGUACCACUGUGGAGAUGACUCUCCGAUCUGGCGGUUCCAAGGGGAAUCUGUCACCUUCCCCUCCCAGGGAACAGUGCGUCCCUGACCGUGGGCGGCUGUACCAGGGGCAUCUGUCGGUGACAACGCUUGGCUCUUCCUGCCUGCCCUGGGCCAGCGCGCCGGCCAAGGCCCUGAGCAAAGACCAGAGCUUCAACCCGGAUGUGAGACUCGUGGAAAACUUCUGCCGCAACCCCGAUGGGGAUGAGGAGGGCGUGUGGUGCUAUGUGGCUGGGGAGCCUGGUGACUUUGAGUACUGUGACCUCAACUACUGUGAGGAGGCAGUGGAAGCGGAAGCGGGGGACCUGCUGGGCCAGGAUGAGGAAGAGACCAUCGGAGGACGCACCACAACCGAGGAGUACCAGACCUUCUUUGAUGAGAAGACCUUCGGCGCCGGGGAGGCAGACUGCGGCCUGCGACCCUUGUUCGAGAAGCAGUCCUUGAAGGACAAAACGGAGAAGGAGCUGCUUGACUCCUACGUCAUCGACGGGCGCAUUGUGGAGGGCUGGGACGCUGAAAUCGGCAUCGCCCCCUGGCAGGUAAUGCUCUUCCGGAAGAGCCCCCAGGAGCUGCUGUGUGGGGCCAGCCUCAUCAGUGACCGCUGGGUCCUCACAGCUGCCCACUGCCUCCUGUACCCACCCUGGGACAAGAACUUCACCAAGAAUGACCUUCUGGUGCGCAUUGGCAAACACUCCCGCCACAGGUAUGAGCGGAAUGUUGAGAAGAUCUCCAUGCUGGAAGAGGUCCACAUCCACCCCAGGUACAACUGGCGGGAGAACUUGGACAGGGACAUCGCACUGCUGAAACUCAAGAAGCCAAUCACCUUCAGUGACCACAUUCAUCCGGUGUGUCUGCCCGAUAAGCAGACAGCGGCCAGAUUGCUUCAGGCUGGACACAAAGGGCGCGUGACAGGCUGGGGCAACUUGCGGGAGACGUGGACAGCCAGCAUCAACGAGGUGCUGCCCAGCGUCCUGCAGGUGGUGAACCUGCCUAUCGUGGAGCGGCCCGUGUGCAAGGCCUCCACCCGGAUCCGCAUCACCGAUAACAUGUUCUGUGCUGGUUACAAAAUCGAGGAAGGGAAGCGAGGGGAUGCCUGUGAAGGUGACAGUGGGGGACCCUUUGUCAUGAAGAGCCCCUAUAACAACCGCUGGUAUCAAAUGGGCAUUGUCUCCUGGGGAGAAGGCUGUGAUCGGAAUGGGAAGUACGGCUUCUACACACACGUGUUCCGCCUGAAGAAGUGGAUACAGAAGGUCACUGAGAGAUCUGGAUAGGGGCCACUGAUACUAUGCAAAUCACAGAC